UGUCUAGCAGUGUGUGACCUUCUGAACUAUUGUUAUCAUAGGAUCUUUUUCGUCGUGCAAUAUGCAAACAGUGCAAUGGAGUAGUAGGUGUUAUGACAAUAGAACGUUAACCUGAUAUGUACCCGCAGUACUCGUGAGUCGUGACAGACGAAAAGAUUCAAGAUGGGACAGACACUGACGAAAUAUGUUCAAUCAUGGAUUGAACCAUGGAUAGAGUAUAUAGUCGACAUAAGAAUGCAGCAAAUAAUGGCGAAGGUCAAGGCGGAGGAUAUUAGCCAUUGGGAUACCUAUGAAUACGAGGGCGUAGCAAUGUGGCCUGAUGUUCUGCCCAGCACCUUGGACGACUUGAAGACGUUUGAAGUUCGUCACGAUGACGUCUUCAUUGUUACGUACCCAAAAGCAGGAACGACUUGGGUGCAGGAGAUUAUGUCUUGUGUCCUGCACGAUGGCAACAUUGAAAGGAUAAGCAAGAGGCACACAUUUAAGAGGGUUCCUUUCUUGGAAAUGACAACAGGGGGCGCUGUCCACAACGAUCUUCCCCGUGUGCACAAGAUGAUCAGCUGGAUGCCAAGGAGUUCUCCCCGCCUCAUCAAGUCUCAUCUCCAGGCACAGCUACUGCCUCCCCAGGUAUGGGAGAAGAAAGUCAAACUCGUUUACGUCAUCAGGAACCCGAAGGAUGUGGCUACGUCAUACUUCCACCAUUGUCAGAUCAUGAACCCCCAACGGACGUUAGACUGGGAUGAAUAUUUCCACAGGUUUCACACUGGCACUGUUGGAUUCGGGAAGUGGUGGGAGCAUUAUCUGUACUUCUGGGAGAGACGGAAUGAGGACCACAUCUUAUUGUUGAGAUUUGAAGACAUUAAAAAGGAUCUGCGUGGCACUGUGCAGCGAAUCAGCAACUUUCUCGGGAAAUCUUUCUCUGAUGACGUCAUAGAUGACAUCACCGAUCACUGCACCUUCGAGAACAUGAAGAAGAAUCCCAUGACCAACCCAGACACCCUGCUACAUAAGAUAUUUGGAGAACAGGAAGGGCGAUCAUUCAUGCGCAAAGGUGGUGUGGGAGAUUGGAAAGCUCAUUUGUCCGAGUCACAGGGUAAAGCCAUAGACGACCUGUGCAGAGACAAGCUGACAAGUCACGGCCUCACUUUCAACUGAGAUAAGCGUCAGAGCGAGGCUAGACGUGCACUAGUACAGUGUCACAUUUUUCGGGCAAUCACCGGAAGCGUUUAAUGCGGCAGACCGGUGUAGCGCGAAUUUAGGUAACGCGGACUCAUUGGUAAUAAAAAUUAUUGCGCAACACCUGAUAACAAUAACUACGUGGGCAGUUCGUAUAUUUCGGGGCGAAACUCGAAAGUAACAUGAGGGCUAAGCCAUGGGUUACGACCAGGCUUCAGGCAGGGUAGAACUUCAAGUCGAUUUUUAUAGCUCCAUGAUUCAACUAGACAUUUCCAGACUUCUAAAUCGUGAUAAUUGCAAACAGAAUAAUAUUUUUUUCUUUAUUCCCAUGGCGGGUGUCAAGGCUGGGUGGGUGGGUUGGUUGGUGGACAGUUUACUCGGCCAUAUAUUGUAUUCAUGCAACUCGAGUAUCAUAGGCCUACAGCUUUGCAUUCGAAGACCGGUUUUGUAAACACUGAGGCGAUGUGUCUAAUUUGCAUAUUUUUGUAUAAUAGAUCACGACCCAUUCGGGUGCACGGACGGUGCCGCGUAUUAAAGCCGCCUUCACACGUUUAACCCUGUGUCAUAUGAAAAUCGGACUCAUCUGAAAAUCGGACUCCUUUUCCCUGUUAUUGGUUAAUCCCUCGCACGUGACCAGACACUCUCCCAAUUAUCAUACUUUCGCAUGCGCAAUACUACCAAUGAGUCCAUAUUUAACGAAGUCGGAUAUUCACGCUAUACCGGCCGCCAUGCACGGGUUGUACCACUUAAUUGGUACGGACUUUUGCACUGGAAAAAUUGUCUGGGUUAAUUUUACCAAAGAAAGGGUGAAAACUGGAACUACCAAAACUUUGGUUGUUCUAUAACCAAUUGUUUGGUUUAGAAUUUCUGCUAAAUUCAACCAAAACUUGUGUUCAUUCAAGACCAAAUUUAAUUUGGUCUUGUAUGACUACAACUUUUGGCUGAAUUUAACAUACAUUUUUCACCUAAUGUCUAGAUUAUCCUUAAAUUAACUUCCAUCCAUGUAGAAUAGAUUUCCUCCAAGUUAUGAUUGUUUUAAGUGACACAAUUUAUCGCCAUUUCACCACGAUAUCAGCUGUUCCCAUGCAUUACUGCAGCGCACGUGUUUGUGUGUGCGCUAUAAAAAUAGGACUUGCUUAAAUUAGAGAUAGCCGCCUCCUAGACCUCUAAAACUGUUUCGGAUUGGCCUGUAGUUUUAACAGAUUAUUUCUUAAUUUAGUCUUUAAAACUUAGGAAUAACACACUAGGAAGUUGCCUUUAUAUAACGUUUAUCUAGUUCAAUCCUCUAAGUUUGUUUUUGGAAGGUUAUUUAGGAAUAAGGAAUUACUUACAGAUUUUCUUGUACUUUUCGUCUGCUAGGACAUUUAUGGAUAUUUAUGAGAGAUGACGUCACUGUAUUUUACUGAAUUGGAUUAGGUUUGUUUACGUUCAGUAAUAACUUUACUCUUGGGUUUUCUUGAUGUACUUAAGUCAUUUCUGAGCUCAUUCUUAGGUUGAACUUAAAAUGUAGAAAGUGGAGAUUAUUGUAUAUUUUGAUUGAUGACUUUGCAGCAUACAUCAUUGAUUUCUCAGAUGACUGAAAA